AUGAACUUGCAGGUCGCAGGGUAUGCAGAUGAUGCGGCAAUCUACUGGCGGACAGGUGCCAUGCAGACAGAAGCAAUUGAGGCAGUUGCUGCUUUCUCGGUGGUCUCGGGGCUUUGGUUGAACGUGGAUAAGUCGAAGGCAAUUAGGCUCGGAGGAGAGCAGGUGGAAAGCACCCACAACGACAGUGCGGCACAAAACAACGUGGUGGAAGAGGUUGAAAGCACCAGAUACCUAGGGCAUAUUGCUGCUAUGGGAGAUACAUGUUCACCGGCAUAG